GUAUGGUUGUGUUUGUGUUGAAAAAUUGCAGACUGUGUGCAGUGUGUACGGUAUUUCAUAAGUCAAAAGCCGAAUCGCGUAGUAAAACCGCUACGAACGACUGUUCCUUUCCGGUAAUCGGGUACCUCUGUACAACUUCCAUCCUCGAUCAAGGGCGCAGUGGAUAGCUGCGUUGUUUGAACUGUAACUUCGACAUUGCUAUGAUGCUCGCUUCCGCCGUACGUAAUUUGUCCCGUCGGUCAUUCUCGACCUCCAAAGCGGUUUCGGCCCAGCAGUUGACCGUCCGCGAUGCCCUUAACGCAGCGCUCGACGAGGAAAUGGAGAGGGACGAGAAAGUGUUCCUGCUCGGUGAAGAAGUUGCCCAGUAUGAUGGUGCGUACAAGGUUUCUCGAGGACUAUGGAAGAAGUACGGCGAUAAGCGAGUAAUCGAUACUCCGAUUACGGAAAUGGGAUUUGCCGGUAUUGCCGUUGGCGCAGCAAUGGCCGGACUACGCCCGGUCUGCGAAUUCAUGACAUUCAACUUUUCGAUGCAGGCCAUCGAUCAUGUUAUAAACUCGGCAGCCAAAACAUUCUACAUGUCUGCUGGUACGGUUAACGUGCCGAUUGUGUUCCGCGGUCCUAAUGGAGCAGCGGCAGGUGUAGCGGCUCAGCAUUCGCAAUGUUUUGGUGCCUGGUAUUCGCACUGUCCGGGCCUGAAAGUUGUAUCGCCCUAUGAUAGCGAAGAUGCGAAAGGUUUGUUGAAGGCUGCCAUUCGCGACCCAGAUCCGGUUGUUGUACUGGAAAACGAAAUGGUGUACGGUGUGAGCUAUCCUGUUUCGGAUCAAGUUUUGGACAAGAACUUUGUGCUGCCGAUUGGCAAGGCCAAGAUAAUGCGCCCUGGCAAGCACAUCACCCUUGUGGCUCACUCAAAGUCCGUCGAAACCGCCAUGCUGGCAGCCAACGAACUAGCGGGCAAAGGUAUUGAAGCAGAAGUCAUUAACCUACGAUCACUGCGUCCAUUGGACUCGGAAACUAUUUUCAAGUCCGUACAAAAGACUCACCAUCUCGUAACGGUAGAGCAAGGAUGGCCCCAGGGUGGCAUUGGUUCAGAAAUUUGUGCACGUAUCAUGGAGCACGAGACAUUCUUCCACCUGGACGCUCCGAUAUGGCGUGUAACUGGCGCCGACGUCCCUAUGCCUUACGCUAAGACUCUUGAAGCUGCUGCUCUUCCACAAGUACCUGAUGUUGUCACUGCCGUUAAUAAGGUGCUAGGUGUGAAGUAAAUCUCAAUCCUAUCCAUUCAAUAACGUGUUCUUCGCGGCUUUGAAAAAAAGAUAAAAGAAAAGAAGUUAAAGAUGAUUUCGAUGAUACGAUGCAUAUUAAAGUUCGAUUGGCAACGAUAUUCAGGUGAUUAGUUUUGGCUUAAUUCUGUUGUUUUUAAAGCAUUGCAGUUUUUUUUCGUUUGGAAUUUGAAUCUUUAAGAUGUUGCAGAAUGUCUACAUUGCUCGCGCCGUAAAUAGCAAACUGUGUAUUUCAUAUGAGUCUUUUGAAGACUUAGGAUAAGAUAUGUGAGAGACCGAAAAAAGACCUUGCUGAAACUAUAAUUUAUUAUAAUUUGAUAGAGAUUUUAAUUUUCCUACACAUCACAAUAUGCCAAGGGCAUUUCACAGUCGAUGCAGCCAUGUACGAGACGUGUAGUCUUUACAAAAAGAAAUACUAGUAUGCUUCAUUGCAUUGGGAAUCUUUUUUUUAUGCCUAGAAACUCACUCAUAAGCCAGCUAGCUAUAUGCCGCCCAAGAAUAUAACGAUCCAUUAUUCCAUCAAAAGAAAUAAGGUAGCAGCGGACAACAAAUUGUAAAUAAACUAGCUACGUUACACUAUCGAGCUGUUGAAUGAACCCAAGAAUUCAUCUAAAUUACGAACAAACAACACAACGCAGUACAACGGAAAUGAAAAAUCUCAUCAACUGUUUCACUCGGUACGAUGAAUGCAAUAGAAGCUGGGACUAAUAAAUCUAGUUGAAAGAUACUAUGCUCAGGACUAUA